GGAGGAGAAGGACGGAGGCAGCUGCUGCCACCCAGUCGGUUUCCAGUCUUCAUCACACAAACUCUGGUGUUUGCUGCUGAAAAGACUCAGCCGAACGAUAAAGGGGCUCGGGGGUCCCAAAUUCUUCACAUCUGCCGGGUUUAAACGCAUCAUUCAGGCUGGAGUUGACAACCACAGAGGCGCUAAUCACGCGCGUGGACAGCACCGCCGUUCUCGUGAGCCUCGGUACCGAGAUGGAGCAUUUCGACGAGCGAGACAAAGGUCAGAGGCACGGCCGCUCCACGGCCAAGAUCAACGGGGUACCGAGCCCCACGCACAGCGCCCACUGCAGCCUGUACCGGACCCGAACCCUGAAGACUCUGAGCGCGGAGAAGAGAGCCAAGAAGGUUCGCUUCUACCGCAACGGCGACCGGUACUUUAACGGGAUCGUGUACGCCAUCUCGGCGGACAGGUUCCGGACCUUCGAUGCCCUGCUGGCGGACCUGACGCGCUCCCUGUCUGACAACGUCAACCUGCCCCAGGGGGUUCGAACCAUCUAUGCACUGGAUGGAUCCAAGAAGAUCAGCAGCGUUGACCAGCUGGUGGAAGGUGGCAGCUAUGUGUGCAGCUCCACCGAGGCCUACAAGAAGCUCGACUACACCAAGAACGUCAACCCCAACUGGUCAGUCAAUGUCAAGGCCUCGUCGACCUCGGUCCGCGGCCCUGCCUCCCUGAGCAGCUCCAAGGCCAGCGCCCUGGACGGGCGCGAAAACAAGGACUUCAUCCGCCCCAAGCUGGUCACGGUGGUGCGGAGCGGAGUUAAGCCUCGCAAAGCUGUGAGGAUCUUACUGAACAAGAAGACCGCACAUUCCUACGAGCAGGUCCUGACGGACAUUACAGAUGCCAUCAAGUUGGACUCAGGGGUGGUGAAGAAGAUCUACACAUUGGAAGGCAAACUGGUGUCAUGCCUGCAGGACUUUUUCGGUGAUGAGGACAUUUUUGUGGCUUGUGGACCCGAGAAGUUCCGCUACCAAGAUGACUUGAUGCUGGAUGAAAGUGAGUGCCGUAUGAUGAAGUCAGGUACCUGCGGGAAGAUGUCGGGCUCUCUGAACCGCUUCUCCCCGAGGACCAGCAUCCAAUCACGUCGCAGCAAGUCCCCAGCAGCAGUGAAUGGGAUGCCGGCCAGUCAGCAGUCGACUCCUCAUUCCGGAAAAUCUCCCAGCCCCUCUCCGACCAGCCCAGGGAGCCUCAGCCAACGCAGGGAGUCCCAGGACUCUUCCAGCUCUUUGUCACCUGCUAAAGUGCCCAGCACAGUGGAAGAUGGUGAUGAACUCAUUUCUGAAGAUGAGGUUCUAGCAGAUGAGGUUCCAGCAGUGCCAUCCUACAUAUCAGACCGCUACAAGGUGGGGCGGAUGAUAGGGGAUGGAAACUUCGCUGUAGUACGGGAAUGUGUUGAGCUCUCCACUGGACGGGAGUAUGCGCUCAAGAUCAUCAACAAGGGCAAGUGCAGAGGCAAGGAACACAUGAUCCAAAAUGAAGUGGCGAUCCUCCGCCGGGUCAAACAUCCAAACAUUGUCUUACUCAUAGAAGAGGUGGACACUUACAACGAGCUUUACCUGGUCAUGGAACUCGUUAAGGGGGGAGAUCUGUUCGAUGCCAUCACCUCUGCCAACAGAUACACAGAGAGGGAUGCAAGCGGCAUGCUCCACAAUCUGGCCAAUGCCAUCAAAUAUCUCCACAGCCUGAAUAUUGUGCACAGAGACAUCAAACCAGAGAACCUGCUGGUGUAUGAGCAUGCCGACGGCAGCAAAAGCUUGAAACUGGGAGACUUUGGUUUGGCGACUGUGGUUGAUGGACCCCUCUACACCGUCUGUGGGACCCCAACAUAUGUAGCACCUGAAAUUAUUUCAGAAACUGGGUAUGGCCUUAAAGUGGACAUCUGGGCAGCUGGAGUCAUCACAUACAUCUUACUAUGUGGUUUCCCACCAUUUCGAGGGUGCAGCGAUGAUCAAGAAGCACUUUUUGAUCAGAUUCUGAUGGGCCAACUAGAAUUUCCUUUUCCGUACUGGGAUAACGUUUCAGAGACCGCCAAGGAGCUGAUCCGAUCCAUGCUGGAGGUGGAGGUGGAUCAGAGAUACACUGCCCUUCAGGUGCUGGAGCACCCUUGGGUCACUAAUGAAGGUCUAUGCGAGAACGAGCACCAGCUGUCAGUAGCAGGGAAGAUUAAGAAGCACUUCAACACUAAUCCGAAGGUCAACGACACCACUGCAGACGUGUCAGUCAUUUCUUUGGAUGACAGCUUUUCUAUGCAGAGAUCUGGGUCGUUGGAUUUCUACCAGCACCCGGCCAUGUAUUGGAUAAGGCCACCCCUUUUGAUAAGGAGAGGCCGGUUCUCAGACGAGGACGCCACCAGGAUGUAAAACGGCGACCUCCGCAAACGAUUCAGACUGUGAAUACAGAAAAGACAACAAAAGCUCAACGUGCGGAGCCUCCCAACUGUCUCUCUGGCCUUCCAGCCCCCCUCCUCUCACUGACCCCUGACCCCUGCUCCAAUCCCUCUCCAGACCACAGCUCCCAAUCGGACUCAGAUGACAUCUCCAUCAGCUCAGUCAGCACCAUCUACUCCCCCAACUCACCUUUUUAAGGAGGAUGUGGCGGGGAGAAGGAGAAGAAAGAUUCAUCAUCCAGGAGCUGUCUUUGCCUCCAAUGUUGGAGAAGAACACAUAAAAACUGUGGCAGAGAAAAAAAAAAAAGAAAUCUGUGAAUUUAAAUAGCAAAUACCGCCUAAAACUAUUUCCCUAAACCCCGACGGGAGAUUGAUGAAAUGGAGAAAAUAUCUAAAAUAAACAAUACGAAGAGGGUAAUAAGUGUGAAGUGAGGUGGACGACUUUAUUUUUUUCAAAUAUUCUCUCAUCUGAGCACAUGUUGCACAGCUCAAGGAGCAAGAAAGGUCAACAACACUGUUGACCUUUAAGUGAUGAUUCGGGCUAAACAUGGAAACGUCGUCCAGACUGAAUGGCUCUUCGAGGCAAUACGAGAAUAUGGACCAAUGUUCAUGUUUUAUUGAACCUUAUUUAUUCAUACUUUCUUCACUGCAUUUUUUUAAAUAUGAAUCUCCCUUUUUAAUAGAAAAUGUGUUGUUGUGUUGAGCGUAUGAUGGAAAGUAAAAACAAAGAAGUGUCUAGAAAUAGAACAAAGGUUGUGGUAGACUUUAUGAAUGAAGUAUUAUUGCAAAAUCAGAGCUAAAGGAAGAGGAAUAGAACGAUUUUGACUCUUGUUCACAUUUUGCUGACGUUGCCUUUCUGGAACACUGAAUGGCAGGAUUACAGCUUUCAGUUUACAGACUGCUAUUCAGACAAUAAUGGUGCAUUUUAUUUCCACUUAAAGCUUUGUUAUCUGUAACUCUGACGGCUUGUUACACGAAACCCCAGCAGCAUCUGGGUGCUUGUAGCAGACUUGACAUGUUUUCCUCAACGCACAUGUUCUCACAACCACUCUGCUCAAGACUCACUUUUCCUCAUUUUUACCAAAUCUACAGGUGUAAAUCAUAGACAUGUUCCAGUGUAGAAAGGUUACGACGACUGUCAAGGAAUAUGGGGGACAUUUUUAUACAAACAAACAAGAUGAAGAGGGUUUGAAUGUCUGAAAACCAGCAGCACUUGUUCGUAAGAGUUGAAAGGUAGUGGGAGGGUUUAUUUCUGCUCUGUACAACCUCAUUCAUAGCUUCAUUCUUCAGAUGAAAGCAUGACAGACAUACAGUAGCCUAUUCUUAUGAGACAAAGAGUUUAGUGAUGAAGAAUUCUUAAUAUGUUAUGUAAAUAACAGUUUUAUUUUUUUGAUAGUUCUUAAAACAGUAUAUUUCUUUACUAGUUGUUUGUCUGUGACAGCUGUAAAAUAGUGUGGAAACAAUGAGAGAACAAUGGAAUUUCUGCCAGUUAACAGGAUGUUUAACUAGAAAGAUGAAGAGCAGAUAUAGUUUUUUUUUUCUUUUUCUUGUUUGGGAUCUAGCAGAAGUCGUCUCACUUUCCUCUGCUUCAGGUCACAUGAUGACAGGCUGCAGAUCAGAUGGAAUUUGUUGUGCUGUUGAAGUCCAGACUCUCUAGCACAAGUGGUUUACCAAAGUGCUCUCACAGCUGCACCACCACAUCACAGUUUGUUCCAAAUGCCAAUACCUGUACCUCUGUUUAAAUGCCCUGUCAAUAACAAUAGAAAUAAUAAAUACAUGGUGAAAAACAA